CGUGGCUGACACGGCCGAGGUUGACAAGUAGUUAGAAGUUUGCAAGAGGAGUCGAGAGACAAUAGAAUUUUGGUUUGGCAGAGAGAGAAACAAGUUCUAGGAGAGGUUAUGGAGGACAGAGAAAACACGGAUGAUGCGGAUAUGAGCGACGGAAUGCAGACGAGGGGAGAGGAGCAAAAGGACAUAGGAGAGGGUCAAGGUAGUCGCUUGGUGAUUAAGAAGGUCGAAUUGGAAAAUUUCAAGAGUUAUGGAGGCGUGCAGGAGAUAGGUCCGUUGCAUCAUUCGUUUACGGCUAUAGUUGGUCCCAAUGGGAGUGGAAAGUCGAAUAUCAUUGAGGCGAUACUUUUUGUGUUUGGGAAGAGAGCAAGCAAGUUAAGACAGAAUCGAAUGGCUGAUUUGAUACACAAGAGCGAGGCAUAUCCAAACUGUCGGUUUGCGAGGGUGUCCGUAUACUUUCAGAGUGUAAGGAUUAACGAGGAGGGAGAGAGCGAGUUGGUGAGGGGGAGCGAGUUUGUGGUUUCUAGAUUGGCAUACGUGGACCGGGCGGCUGAGUAUCAGAUAGAUGGCAGGAGGGUGUCUGUGGAGGAAGUGUAUAGGGUGCUGAGGGACGAGCACGGGAUUGAUUUGGACCGCAAUCGUUUUUUGAUUUUGCAGGGAGAGGUGGAGACGAUAUCGAUGAUGGACCGGAUGGAGUUGCUGGAGUAUUUGGAGGAGGUGAUAGGGAGUCAUGUGUACGUGGAGGAGAUUGAGAGGGUGAAGGAGGAGUUGUCUGGGUUGUCGCAGGAGAGGGCACAGAAGUUGGAAUGGUUGAGGUUGGCUGAAAAGGAGAAGAGCGCGUUAGAGGGGGAGAAGGAGAAGGCGGUGGAUUGUUUGAGGAAGAUGAAGGAGCUGUGCGACAGGAAGGCGUUGGGGUACGCGUACAAGAGGCACUGCGCGGAGAAGAAGGCGGAGGAGAUAGAGGCUGAGUUCGACAGGGCAAAGGAAGAGGUGGAUACGUUGAAGAGGGGUGUGGACGAGCUGGGAGAGAGGAUAGAGAGGUUGAGGAGGCAGUACGAGGAGCAGAGUGGGAGGAAGCAGUUGGAGGAGAGGAUGGAGGAGGCGAGGAGGAGCUUGAAGAAGAUGGAGGAGAGGGAUUUGGAAUUGAGGGAUUUGGCGAAGAAGCUGUGUAGGAACGAGAGCAAGUUGAGGAGGUCGAUGGAGAAGAGUGAGGAACAAGUGAGGGAGAGAGAGGGACGAGUGGAGGAAUGGAAGUUGGAGAUUGAGAGGUUGUCGGGGGAGGUUGAGGUGGGUGAGAAAAAAUUGAGAAGGUUAGAGGAGAGGUUGAGGGGGGAGAGGAAGAAAGUGAGUGGGAAGUUGUUGCCGGUUCAGCAGAGGUUGUCUAGCAAGCAGAGGGAUUUGAUACCUUUGCAGAAGGCGAGGGUUGAGGUGGAGUCUCAAUUGAAUUUGAAGAGGUUGGAAUUGGAAGUGGCGAGAGGUGCGCAGGAGGAAGUGGAGUUGGAAUGGAGGAGGGCGGGAGAGAAGGUGAGAGAGAUGGAGGAGUGGUUGAGUGGUCAGAGUAAGGAGAGGAAGAGGUUGAGAAAGGAGUUGGACGAGGUGGUGUUGGAGUUGAAGAAGAGUGAGGAGAAGAAGGAAAGGUAUCGAAUAGAGGAAGGAAAGAUAUCGGAGAGGGUAGAGGAUUUGAGGAGGUUGCAGGCGGAAGGCGGGGGGGAGGAGUUAUUGACUCGAAUGAAGGAGGGUUUGCCUGAUUCUGUAGCUAGAGAGGUGUUAGGGAGAUUAGGUGAUUUGGGGUAUAUUGAGGAGAAAUAUGAGUUGGCCGCAAACGUAUCGACGGGGGCAUGGAGUUAUGUGGUUGUGAGGAAUGCGGAAUGUGCGCAGAGGUGCGUGCAAGAGUUGAGGAGAAGGAGGUUGGGUCGGGCUACGUUUCUAGUGCUUGAAGAGUUAAGAGUGGGAACAGAGGGCGCUGGAGGCGCUGAGGUAGAGGGUGCGAAGAGACUCGUGGACUUGAUAGAGUCAGAGAGUGAAGAGGUGUUGCCGGCCAUCAGGUAUGCGUGUGGAGAUACUUGGGUAUGUGAGAGUUUAGAGAGGGCUCGAGAAGUGGCACUUAGUGGGGGGACUAGGCGUCGAGUGGUGACGACUGAUGGGAGUUUAUUCGAAGUACACGGAACGUUGACGUCGGGGGGGCGCCCUACAUCUUGGCGCGGUCGCGGGUUGAGGGUAAAGGGGAGGAAUCGUCAUGGAGGCGGUAGGAAGCCUGAAGACGAGGUGGCAGAUUUGAAGCGUUUGAUAGAAUCUUUAUCUGGCGUACGCGACCGUAUGAGGCGCAUGGAGAGCGUCGAGUCCGAAUGGAGGUCUAAGCAUCACAAUUUGUCUCAGGAACUAGAGAGGCUAGAAAUUGGGGUAAAGAACGGGAUGGCGCAACGAGAUGACGAGAAGCAGCGAGAGAGUCGUUUGGACUCAGAGAGACGCCAUUUAGAGAAGCAGAAGGGGGAUGCUGCGAAGAUUGAAAAGGAGAUACAGCAUUUAGAAGACCAAGUGGACCAGAUUUCGAAGGAUUCUAGCUCAUUGGAAUCUGAAAUUCAACAGAUAGAAACGGAACUGGAUCGCAUAUUGGGUCCCGAUGUGAAACGUUUGGAGCGAGAUUGCGAGCAUCUUCGAGGUCUGAUCAAGAGCUGGCAAGAGGACAUCGUGAAAAAUGAAGUUUCUAUAGAGAGCGCUCAACGCGACAUGGAGAGGCACCGUGAGAUGUGUGCUGAAUGUCUACGAUCUAUUGACGAGUUGAAUCAAAGAGUUGUCGAGACUGAGAAGGAACUAGAAUCUUUAACGAAUGCCGCUUUUGAAGUUACUCAGCAGAACGAAGAGGCAGAAGCUGCUUAUGCUUCUUUGGCGGAGCAAUUAGAAAAGCAGAGAGACGAGUUGGAACAAUUGGAAUCUUCUCUGUCAAGCCAGCGGGAUUCUCUGCGAGAUUCAGAGGGUCGCCUGUCAUCGAUAGAUGUACAAUUGAAAGAGGUCAAGACAAUAGUUUCUCACUUUUCGGCGAAGUUGGAUACGCUGGCGUCUAGGAAGCUUUCCUUGCGCUUCGACGAAGAUGAUAACGACUUGGAAUUACAAAUCGAGCACGCGCCUUCCAUGUCAAAGUCCGAUAUCAAGGAGAAUGACCUCGAAGUCAAUCGCCUCAAUGAGGAGCUUGUGAACGUGCAUUACGAUCAGGACGCGAUCGUCCGAUACAGAGAGAAGAAGCUUGUUUUUGAAAAGCAUCGAGCAGACGCCGAAGAGACUACUCGUCGUUGGGACGAGCGCCGCCAGCAUUUGGACACCUUGCAGAACCAACGCCUCAGUCAGUUCAUGAAUGGGUACGGCAUUAUCAACGCCAAGCUCAAGGAGAUGUAUCGUAUGCUCACGAGUCAAAAUGGCAGCGCCGAGCUCGAGUGCAGCACAGAUUUGUUCUCUGAGGGAAUUUCCUUCAGCGUUCGGCCGCCGAACAAGACCUGGAAAAAUAUCCAAAACCUGUCAGGAGGAGAAAAAACGCUUUCGUCCCUGUCCCUUGUCUUCGCACUUCAUCACUUCAAGCCCACGCCCAUCUAUAUCAUGGAUGAAAUAGACGCGGCGCUGGACUUUAGAAAUGUCAUUAUCAUCGCCAACUACAUUAAGCGCAAAACAAAGCAUGUCCAAUUCCUCAUUAUAUCCCUCCGCAAUUACAUGUUCGAAUUGGCCGAUUGUUUGGUUGGUAUAUACAAAACAGAGAAUGUCACAAAAACUGUUUGCAUCAAUCCUGCAGAUUUUUGCAUCCAACUUGGCGCUCAUACCUUUUAA